CGGAAAGCACGUGAACUGACGUAAAAACCUACACCUUCAAAUUACGAAAUUCCAGUCUCAGUCUCCUUCUUUCUCUCUUCGUCCCCUUGUUAAGUCUUGUAACCCUAGCUUUUUUUAGCUUCAGUUUUGCAAUCCCGUGCUCCAGGUUCUUCCCUAUUCUCGACACAAAGACUUGCAGUGUAAUUGCAAGUACAAUAAAGUGGUGUUUUAUAUGCUGGGGCUUUGAACUUUUGACCUUCAAUCAUUAUUGAGACCUCUAGAGCGGCAGAAUGGAUAGUGGACCUGUUGACUUGUCAAGUCCACCUCCUGCUAAAGCUUCUGAUGUACAAACUCCUGCUGCCACAGAUCCAGGGCCAGAUAAUUCUACACAUGAAGCACCAUCAAAGCUGUCAUCAUGGGCUAAAAAUUUAAAAAUUCCCCAGCCAUUUGCUGCCUCACAAGAGGACUCACCAACAGGAAAUGCUGGAAAAUCAACUUUUGCACGGUUUACUAGUGGGCUAGGACUGCGGUCUUCACCAAAAUCUCCUCCUGCUAAUGAUAGUUCUGAUGGAACUUCCACAGCAGCUCAAUCUGGUUUACUUGGAACAAUUACAAAAGGCAUAGUUGACUCAUCAAAAAAUGCAGUGAAAGCUGUACAGGUCAAGGCUCGGCAUGUUGUCUCGCAGAAUAAACGGAGAUACCAGGAAGGAGGAUUUGACUUAGAUAUGACAUACAUCACAGAGAACAUAAUUGCUAUGGGGUUCCCUGCCGGUGACAUGAGCUCUGGGUUUUUUGGAUAUGUUGAGGGUUUCUAUAGAAAUCACAUGGAAGAAGUGAUUAAGUUUUUUGAAACCCAUCACAAGGACAAGUACAAAGUAUAUAACCUUUGCUCUGAGAGACUAUAUGAUGCGUCAUUAUUUGAAGGAAAGGUGGCUAGUUUUCCAUUCAAUGACCACAAUUGCCCCCCAAUUCAAUUGAUAAUAUCAUUUUGUCAAAGUGCUUACUCAUGGCUGAAGGAGGAUAUUGAGAAUGUUGUGGUUGUGCACUGUAAAGCUGGGAUGGCAAGGACAGGGUUGAUGAUCUCUAGCCUUCUUCUAUACUUGAAGUUCUUUCCCACUGCUGAAGAGUCAGUUGACUACUAUAACCAGAAAAGAUGUGUGGAUGGAAAGGGGCUUGUUCUGCCAAGUCAAAUUAGAUAUGUCAAAUACUUUGAACGCACCUUAACAUACUUCAAUGGUGAAAACCAACCUGGGCGCAGGUGCAUGCUUAGAGGAUUCCGGCUUCAUCGUUGCCCUUAUUGGAUCAGACCAUCAAUCACUGUCUCUGAUCAUAAUGGUGUUCUCUUUUCCACAAAGAAGCAUCCACGUACCAAGGAUCUCUCGGCAGAAGAUUUUUGGUUUAGUGCACCGAAGAAAGGAGUUAUGGUCUUUGCUUUGCCUGGGGAACCUGGUCUGACUGAGUUGGCUGGGGACUUUAAAAUUCAUUUUCAUGAUCGCCAAGGAGAUUUUUACUGUUGGUUAAACACAACAAUGAUAGAAAACAGAAAAAUUCUGAAUACCAGUGAUCUUGAUUGGUUUGACAAGAGGAAAUUGCCUUCCCCAGGUUUCCAGGUUGAGGUUGUGCUAGUAGAUUAUAAUGGCACUGUUCUGACAAAGCCCCAGCCUGAAAAUGCUGCUACUAAGCCAGAUGAAAGUUCAGGCAGCAAUGCUGCAUCUGCUGAUGGAGGUGCAGCCUCAUCAAAUCAAAAUAAAGACCCGGGACAUAAUGACAAAGAUGAUGUGUUCUCAGAUAGUGAGGCAGAAGAAUCUGGUUCAUCAAAGAGUAGGCGGCACAAGGCUGCUUCUGCAGAGGGAGCAGCUGCCCCCUCAGCCACCUCCAAACCAGAAACAAAUUCCAAUUCAGAUCAAGUUGCAAGUUUGGUGCAAUCUACUGAACAGGUUUCUCUGGGAAAUGCAAACGCCCAACAGAUGCAUGCCACUAGUGAGCCAAGAAAGGAUGCUGUUGGGGAAGCUGCUGCUGCAGGUGUUCAGGUUUCCAGCUCAGAAAGUGAAUUUAAGGCAAUGGCUGCUGACGCAUCUGUUUUCACUUUUGGAGAUGAUGAAGACUAUGAAAGUGAAUAGAGUGGAGGCAGAUGUCAACCUUGUGUACAUAAAUUGGCUUGCAAGUUAUAUACGUGCCUGUGAGUAAUGUUCAAAUCUUAUUCGUUUCAUUUGUAUCAACACGGUGUGGUUCUGGCUCAUUGGUUGUUAAUCAAAAAGCCAUCCCUCGCCGGUAGAAUAAUUGCUGCAUUAAUCUGUGAAUCAAAGUUAAAUGGAAUUUGUUUCAUUACUCAUUGAAGAAAAUUAGUUUUUCGUUACA